UGAGGUUGUGGUCGAUAUUGAGCCAGCUGAUGAAUCGAGGGCUCGUAAAUUAAAGAUAGCAGGAAAGAAAUUGCUAAGGCGUGGAUUCUCCAUGGGCGGCGAUAAAGCUGCUGUGCAUGAGCCUAGAAGUUCUCGUCCGACUUUUAAGAGCGUGCGUAGCUUAGGCUGGCUCCGUCGUCAUCGUGGAAUUGACAGCAGUGGGGAUGAGGAACAAGGGCUCUUGGAAGCGGCUGGACCUUCCUCGGAGCCUGACCGCCCCCCAAGCCAGGCUAGUUCUGAUUCCUCGGAAGAUAUUCCGGUGCGCAAUAAGUCUCCCACAGAUACACCGCGCAUGAAGAAAAUGCGCAACAUCAUUGAUACGGCUUGUCCAACCGCAUUAAAAGCAGCUGAUUUCCAAGUGUGCAUUACCAUCAUCGAGGCGCGCCAAUUGGCCGGCCUGAACAUGGACCCGGUGGUCUGCGUGCAGGUCGGCGAAAUUCGCAAGUACACCAGUGUUAAGGAGAGUACCAACUGUCCUUAUUACAAUGAGUACUUCGUCUUUGAUUUCCACAUGCCGCCAAUCAUACUCUUCGAUAAGAUCAUCACUUUAGCGGUGCUGCACUCGCGCAACAUACUUCGCGCCAACAAGCUACUUGGAAACUUCAAACUCGACGUGGCAACCGUCUGGAGUCAACCUGACCGUCAGUUUUACCACAAGUGGGCAUUGCUGACCGAUCCGGAUGACAUUAGUUCGGGUGCCAAAGGAUAUCUUAAGUGCGAUAUCAGUGUCAUCGGCAAGGGAGACUCCAUCAAAAUACCUCCAAAAAGCGAAAAAGAUGAGGAUGAUAUUGAGGCGAAUCUCUUGCUGCCAGACGGUGUGCCGAUCGAACGACAACGCGCCAGGUUUAUUGUUAAGAUCUAUAAAGCGGAUGGCCUGCCAAAGAUGAACUACUCCAUACUCGCUAACGUGAAACGAGCAUUCACGGGAGAGAGUCAGGAUUUAGUGGACCCUUUUGUGGAAGUGUCCUUCGCUGGAAUGACAGGAACUACUUCUGUCAAAAAGAGCUCUUACGCUCCGGUGUGGAACGAGCAAAUAAUAUUUAACGAAAUGUUCCCACCUUUAUGCCAACGCAUCAAAAUUCAACUGAGAGAUGACGACCCAGUGCAUCCAAAUGUUAUCGGAACCCAUUUCAUCGACCUCAAGACGAUUUCCAAUGACGGUGAAAAGGGUUUUCUGCCAACAUUCGGGCCAGCGUAUAUUCAUAUGUACGGGUCGACCAGAGAUUUCAGUUUGCUAGAUCAGCAUGCUAACCUCAACAUGGGAAUGGGGGAAGGCGUGUCUUACAGGGCCAGGCUUUUGGUAUCUAUUCGCACUGAGAUCACCGAGAACUUAGAUUGCCCAGCGUCAGAUGUUGAAGUGGAGCCGAUUCCACCGAUCCUGGACUCUAGCUUUCAAAAGCACGAGGAGUUCUUUUUGUUCGCGAGUAUAUUUGAAGCAAACAUGAUCGAUAAGCGGCUAGUUGACAAACCGCUGCAAUUUGAACUGAGCAUCGGAAAUUCUGGGAAUAACCUUGACGGCCAUCAUGAGUCUGUGAGGAGAGCCUUGGAUCUGGACUACGAAUGUCUUGAUGAAGUAUCUGCAGAUACUGGAUAUUGGCAGAGCACCACUCAACCAAGCAAAGCCGCUUCGACUGACAAGAAUUACUACUAUUUGCCGUACUGGGACACCAAGCAAUGCAUGCAUGUCCGCAGCAUUUGGCCGGACCACCGCAGGCGCAUGUACAACUCAAAUCUCAUCGCCAACAUCAUCGAGAAAUACGAGGAAAGUCUGUCGGAAGCUCAGGCGGUGAUAGAGAAUCAGGUUGCCUCAGACAACAGUGGCGUGAUGAGCUUAAAAACAGCACUGGAAGCCGUCAGCGCCGCGUGCGCCACUUACGUCCAAUACAUGAACAACGCGCCACCUAUCGGAAAUACUAAACUCGACCGGGAAAGACAAAAGAUGUGUGUCUACGAAAUUGACCAUAUAAGUAGCCUGGCAAAGGGACUGAAGGCUCUCAUAACGAAACACUCGCUUAAGGACCGCAUGCGUUCUGCUUUCAGCUAUCUCAAUAAAUUAAAAUCUUUAUGUGAAGAUGCGCAGCACGCAAUGCCCGACAUUUUCAUAUGGUUGAUAAGCAACGGCAAACGGUUAGCCUAUCACAGGAUCCCAGCAAGAUACCUUAUCUUUUCAGAAAACCCACUAGAGACUGGCAAAGAAUGUGGGAAAAUGCAGACAAUCUUUUUGAAGUGGCCUGGGAAGAAAGCAACUACUCCGAGCGGAUGGUCUAUUCCCGCAAAAAUUUGUGUUUACCUUUGGUUGGGAGUGCUACAGCACAAAAAACAUUACAUCGAUGGGCUGCCUAAAGGUUACGAGCUUACUUCAGAGUUGAAAAACGCAGAUAAACCACGAUCCAAUGCUCCUUCAACAAUUUUUUAUGCUGAGAAACACAACUUCCAAAUGAGGGCGUACGUAUAUCAAGCCCGUUCUUUGAUUGGUUCUGACUCUUCUGGACUAUCCGAUCCUUUCGCUAGAGUCGUCAUCGGCGAAAGUACUGGAACAACACAAGUAAUCGACGAAACAUUAAGUCCUACUUGGGACGAGCUUCUGGUAUUUGAUGAUAUUCUGUUAUACAGUACUAUUGAACAAAUAAAAUCUGAUCCCCCAACAAUUGUGAUAGAAGUCUUUGAUCAAGAUAAAGUUGGGAAGUCAGAAUUCAUAGGACGUACUCUUGCUCGUCCUCAUGUCAAAUCAUAUGAAGAUACUCAUGAAAGGCCACAAACUUUGCCUGCCCUGGAAUGGCAUGAAAUUACCCGUGGCGACGAUAAAGCUGGAGAGCUCUUGGCAACAUUUGAACUAUUGGAAAUUCCACCAAAACAAAAUGCUUCUAUCUUGCCGGAACUCCCGAGUCCCAGGGAGCCUACUGGUAAAGCGCCCCUUGAUGCAAAUAAAGGUCCCAUACUACCUGUUCCCCGAGGAAUAAGACCAACUCUUUCUAAAUAUCGUAUUGAAGUGUUAUUCUGGGGACUUCGUGAUCUCAAACGCGUUCAUCUUCUUACUGUGGAUAAACCUCGCGUGGACAUUGAAUGCGCUGGGAACAUUUUGUACUCAACAGUCAUACAAAAUGCCAAACGUAACCCUAACUUUACAAAUCCAGUAAAAUUUGUAGACGUGGAACUUCCAGAUCAGGACUUAUACCGACCCCCGCUAACAAUUCGAGUCAUGGACUGUCGCAGUUUUGGCAGAAUUACUCUCGUUGGUACUCACACAAUAAAUUCAAUCCAUAAAUACAUUUACACCCCCAUGAGCAAAAAGGAAAGAGAGAUAGAAGAUAGGAAGAAAUCGUUGAUCCCUCUCCAGAAUAUUGAUCUUCGGGCUAAUUGUAUUAUUCAAGAGGACGUGUAUACCAUUGAGAAUGAAAAAGAAAGUUGCCCACUGCUAAAUCGCGACACUCGUGGUGCAGUUUCAUAUGGGUCAGGAACUAAGCAACCAGUGCGCAGCAAGUUUGACAAGCGCGAAUCAUUGAGAAAGAGGAAAAUGAGCAAUGAUUCCGUGCAUCCCGAUGACGAAGGUAGCAAAGAUUGGUGGACUAAAUACUUCGCUUCGGUUGAAUCAAUGAUUGAAGACGAGAAAGAAGCUAAGAGGGAACGUCAAGGGUAUUUGCAACCAGCCCAAAUUGUGUAUGUUGAUGAAACUCGCUCACCGCGCUCACCACGCGACGAAAUACAUUCCCCACGUGUAGAGCGCGAACGCACAAGACGCCGUCAAUCACCCUCACCAUCACCAAGGGCCAAAGUAAGCCCAACAAUCUCCAAGAAGAAUGAGAUACCUCGCUCAGCUUUGACAAAAAUAUACCCUCAUGAACUCGAAGCAGUCCCUGAAUACGACGAGUUUAAAGAAUGGCUGCAUUCUUUCGAGUUGUACCGUGGCAAAAAAACUGGUGAUGAUUCUGAAGAUGAAAACAGAGUUGUAGGCGUAUUCAAGGGCGCCGUCAAAGUCUACAAAUGGCCUUUGCCUAAGGGCAUAGACGACCAUACAGUUAUGGGAUUUGACCCAAAUUAUGGUUUCUUCCAAGGCGUACCAAAUAAUGAACCAAUUCACGUUCUCGUCCGUGUUUACAUUGUAAAAGCCACUGAUCUUCACCCAAUGGACUUAAACGGCAAGGCUGAUCCCUAUAUCGUGUUGCACUUGGGCUCCAAGAGGAUCAGUGACAAGGAAAACUAUGUGUCUAAGCAGCUCAAUCCUGUAUUCGGCAAAUGUUUCGAAAUUGAAGCUACUUUCCCGCAGGACUCUAUGCUGACUAUUCAAGUUCUCGAUUGGGACUUGCUCGGCUCAGACGACUUAAUUGGUGAAACUAAAAUAGAUCUCGAGAACCGCUUCUAUAGCCGCCACCGUGCUACAUGCGGCCUCCCCAUGAAAUACGAGGAGCAAGGAUACAACCGCUGGCGUGAUGCCAUGAAGCCAACCCAGAUUUUGGCUAAACUCUGCAAGGACGGCAAACUGGAUCCUCCGAUUUACGAGCAUGGAAGGGUCAAAGUCGGUAAGACCGUAUUCAACAUGCCGAUAGAUGAUACCGAACUGUUCUCGAACCCUAACACCGUUGAGGAACAGAUGGCUUUAAUUGUGCUCCGCCGCUGGCAGGAGGUGCCGCGUGUGGGAACUCGUUUAGUCACUGAACAUGUAGAGACCCGCCCGCUAUACAAUCCAAAUAAGCCUGGUAUAGAGCAAGGGCGACUUGAGAUGUGGGUCGAUAUGUUUCCGAUGGACAUGCCACUUCCUGGGCCCCCGAUGGAUAUUUCUUCGCGCAAGCCUAAGUCGUAUGAAAUGAGAGUGAUUAUUUGGAAUACUGAUGACGUCGUUCUAGAAGACGAUGCUUUCUUUACCGGAGAAAAGAUGUCUGACAUCUAUGUAAAGGGUUGGUUGAAAGGACCUGAUGAUUGCCAGUGCACCGAUAUUCACUAUCGCUCAUUGACUGGUGAAGGUAACUUCAAUUGGCGAUUCAUUUAUCCAUUCGAUUAUUUGGAAGCCGAAGAGCGCAUUGUUAUUUCACGGAAGGAAUCGGUGUUCUCCUGGGAUGAGACAGAAUGUAAAAUUCCGGCACGCUUCGAACUACAAGUGUGGGAUGCUGACCACUUCUCGGCUGAUGACUUUUUAGGUGCCAUCACCCUCGACCUGAACCGUUUUCCACGAGGAGCCAAGUCGUCCAAGCUCUGCACAUUGGAUAUGCUGCGCAAUGAUGGCUCCGUGCCGAUGGUGAACAUUUUUAAGCAGAAGAGGGUAAAGGGCUGGUGGCCAUUCUAUAUCAAGCGUGACACUGAAGAAAUGGAGCUAACUGGCAAGGUGGAAGCUGAAAUUCACCUGCUGACACGAGAGGAGGCUGAUAAAGUCCCCGCCGGCCAAGGACGUAACGAACCUGAUCCACUCGACAAACCAAACCGCCCGGACGCGUCAUUCAUGUGGUUCCUGAACCCGCUCAAGUCGAUCCGGUACAUCAUCUGGCACAACUACAAGUGGACAAUCCUGAAGGCGACAAUUAUAAUUGUAGUCGCUGUAAUGUUUUUGCUUCUCGUUUAUGCAGUACCAGGAUACACUGUUAAGAAAUUAUUGGGCGCUUAGGUAGUUUUCUAAACUCAAUACUUAUUUACAAACAUCUUUAAACGACUUCAAAAAAAGGAGAAGGUUAUCAAUUCUGCGCAUAUUAUUAUUUGUAUUGUCUGUUACCUCAGAACUUAGUAAUUUAAGGACCGAUAAGGAAAAAUCUUUUUUCUUCCAAAGAAUAUACUUCCAGAUUAGUCCCACAGAAUUUUGUUAAAAAUCGAUUCAUUUUGGUUUUAAAACGUAAAUAACUACAAUAAUUAUAUCGUCCAAGUAAACGAAAUUGAGAAUUUCGAUUUCUUGUGACGUCCUUAAUUAUGUUUUUUAAGAACAUGUAAUCAAGAUAAAGUUUUAUGUAAUGGAGUUGUAUAAAACUGUUUAAAAAUACCGAAUAUAAGACCUUCAUAAUAUUCAACGGUAAUCAGGGAAAUGUACCAUAUUAAGGGACAGAUAAGGUAUGUGCGUGAAGACGACUUAGAACAUGAAUUAUGCAUUUACUUAGGUGAAUAUCUCUACCAUUCAGAUACCCAGAUAGUUAUUGAAAACAAUCUAAAAAUAGUACCGGCCAACUUUAUCAAAAUAACCGUUUUUUCGUGAUAUAAGCACAUUUUCAAGCAUAAAAAUAACCGACUGGUGUGCAAAAGUCUCUCCAAAGGUCUCGUGUUAGGGAGAUUUGGACCAUUAUACAUUGGCCUGUUUCGUAUGGUUUGGUAGGUAAUGCAUUAUUUAUUAUUAAAAACAUGCAACUGAGAGGAAUUACGGCUCUGAGCCUUUUUAGUAUCAUUUAAUAUUAUCAAUAGUUAUAUAGGUAUUAGGUAAUUGUUCGCUUGCCAGCGCGUGCAUUUCGCUACAAUUAUAAUCAGCUUAUAACCCGAUGAAUAUCUAAGUGUCUAUAAUUAUGUAAUAAUAUUAUAUAGAUUAAACACAUAAUGACUAUCACUUAUAAAAUGUCCUGUACUUUUUUGAAACCUUAUAAUAGCGUGCGCAAUGAAUGUAGUGACUGCAGUAAAUAACUAACUCUCGGAAUUACUUUUAAUGUAGGCAUCGUGUAUUAUAAUUGAGGGAACACGAUUUUCAGAUUAUGAUAAUUAUAUAAUCUUUCCUUAUAUUAAUAUGCUGUCACUUUUGCAUGUAAACAAAGUGAUACAAUUAUCAUUAUUCGUAUUAUUAUGAAUAAGUUUAGAUGCUUUUGAAUUAAAUUACUGUGUGUUUAUCGAACCAUAAAAGAAAUUAAGCAAAUAGUAUUAUAUCAUAUUGCACCCGGGCAUUAUAGCUCCAUAUUUAAUCCAUUGUGUAGCUUUUAGAAGGUUUCGGGAGUUUAUAUUUAUUCUUAAAAUAAUCCAUUAAUAACAUUCCCGAAAUAAUGUACAUUUUCCUUAUAUCUAGGUACCCAUAGCCUAUUGUGUUGUAACUAUGGAAAUAUUUAUCCAGUAUAAUUUAAAUAAAGUUAGAGGCAUUAUAUCAUUAAAAUAGAA